AUGCAGAACGAGUGGUUAGACAUAGGAGAUUUUUGCAUCCCAUUAGCAUUAAAAUGGCGCACUUUAAUUUAUGAUUGGUCGCCAGCAUUGCUAAAAUUCUAUCUCAAUGCGUUCCAGAUGACUCUCCCAGAUCAGAGUAAUUUAGUAAGAUGGGGUAAAAGUACCGAAAAAACUUGCUAUAUCUGUGGAAAGGCAGUUGGAACUGCUAAGCAUCUGCUGGUGGGAUGUAGGGUACUCCUUGACAGCGGUCAAUACUCGCGUCGUCACGAUAGGGUUCUAGAAGUCAUACGUGAAGCGGUUAGUCUUUCGGUAGCCAGAGCGCAAAAGGGAAUAACCACAAACGAACGAUCAGUAGGUUUUGUGAGAGAAGGCUCUAGGGCUACAAAAUCAAACGUCAAGCCUUACUCCAUCCUUAAAGCGGCGUCGGAUUGGACUAUAAUGAUGGACACGUAUGAAAAACAAUAUAAAAUCCCCGAGGAUAUUUGUGCGUCGGCCUCCAGACCGGAUAUAUUUUUGUUUUCGCGAAUUUUAAAGCGCGUAGUGAUGAUAGAGCUUACGGUCCCUUGGGAAACCAACAUCCCCAAAGACCAUACCAUCAAGGUCAACAAAUAUUACGAGCUCACAAACGAACUCACUCGAAAUAGGUUCGUAGUAGAUUUGUACGCGGUAGAGGUGGGAGCGAGAGGUAUAACAGCGAAAUCUCUCUAUAACCUACUAAAGGACUUGGGCUUGUCCAGAACUCACAUUAAUGCAUUCUUGGAACGUACAUCGAAGGCAGCCCUAGUAGGUUCUUUUCAAAUUUGGUUAGGUAGGGAGAGGAGCUUGGACAGUGGAGGUGAGCGUAUAACGCGCGUUAACUAA